AUGGCCACGCCCAUGGCCGCGGGCGCCUUUGCCUUCGCCGCAAUCGGCGUCCCGCUCCUCACCGCCCUCCUCAUCCUUGUGCCCCGGCUUGGCCUCUUCCGAGCUACCGGCGCGCGCCACGCCGUGCUGCCGAAGCCCGUCUCGCGACUCGACGGCCGCGACAUCCUCGUCAUCAUCCUCCUCAUCCUCGACAAGCUGCUGCAGCGCCUCCUCGGCCUCGCCCCGCCGCUCGCACCCUCCUCCGACGGCCGCGGCUUCGACCUCCCCGCGCUGUCCGUCACCAGCACCCUCGCCAUCGACGACGAUGACCUCCUCCGCUUCGACGCCGCGACGGCCCCGCGCGCUAAGAAGGGGACGACGACCGCCGCCCGAGCCGAACCGUCAUCAACGACCGCGCCCACCCCCCCGGAGAACAACCGCUCACUCCUCAUCCCUGGCCUGAUCAACCCCCUCAUGGCCAUCCUCCUCGCCAACCGCAACCUCCCCGUGCACCCGUUCGGCGCGGUCAACACCCGCAACACCUUCACGUUCCUCGAUCCGGAGGCCUGCCGGCACCCGACGCGCGUGCUCGACGCCACGCGCGGCGUCACCGUCUCCGCCUCCCUCGGCGGGCCCGGCAACCCCGGCCGCCGCGUCAAGCGCGGCGUCGAGUUUGAGGUGCUCUUCGAGGUCGCCGCCCUGCGCCGGGGCGACACCUCCCCGACCGUCAUCUUCCGGCAGGUCGGCGCCGUCCUCGCCCACCUGCCGCGCGACACCAAGCCGCUCUACGUGAGCGCCACCGCUGACGAGAAGGAGGAGGAGCCGGCGUGGACGUCGGCGGACGGGGAGAUUGUGGAGCUCGGCAUGCGCGCGCCGAAGAAGUGGGCGGCGGUGUGCAGAGACUACAAUCCGAUUCACAUGUCGAGCCUGCUGGCGCGCGCGUUCGGCUUCCCGGGCAAGAUCGCGCACGGCAACCACGCGCUGGCCCGGGCGGAUGACGAGGGCAGGGAGACGCCGAGCGCGCUCGAGGUGCGCUUCCUGCGGCCGAUGGUCCUGCCAGCGCGGCUGGCGCUCGAGGUGGCGGACGUCCGGGGGGGUUUCGCCCUGCGCGUGGUGAGGAACGAAAAGGAGCACCUGACGGCGCGGUGGACCAAGCUGUGA